CCCCUUGUGUGAUCUCCCACACCCUGCGGCCACGCUUAUCUCUGACCCCCCCCCCCGCCCCCCUUGUGUGAUCUCCCACACCCCGCGGGCCCGCGGCAGCGUCCACCCGGAGACACACAGCCCGCAGGCGCUCGCCGGAGUCACACACAUGUCCUCGGAGAAUGAUGGAGGUCACCUGUUGGCUUACCUCAAGCAUUUUGUCUCUGGGGGUAUGGGGGGCAUGUGCCUCACGCUGGCCGGACAACCCCUGGACACCGUCAAGGUGAAUCUACAAAUCCAGGCUCGGCCUCUAGGAGGACAGACGCUCCAGUAUACCAGCACUGUGGACUGCUUCUGCAAGAUCGUCGCCCAGCAGGGUCUCUGGGGUCUUUAUAAAGGUAUGGGGGCCCCGCUGGCUGGCGUCACCCCUAUGAUGGCAAUGACGUUUUUCGGCUUCAGUUUGGGGAAGAAACUACAACAGAAUGGAGCACAGGAUAUACUGAGGCCGCACCAGGUGUUCUCGGCAGGAAUGCUGGCCGGACUGUGCGCCGCCAUAAUUGCUGUGCCUGCCGAAAGGAUCAAGUGCUUGCUGCAGGCUCAGGCUAACAGCUCGCUGAAGAGAUUUUCGGGGCCUGUAGAUUGUGCCAGGCAGCUUUUUCGGGAGCAGGGCAUCCGGAGCUUGUACAGGGGUACUGUACUUACCCUUCUGAGAGAUAUCCCUGCUACCGGCAUGUAUUUUAUGAGCUAUGAAUGGAUGAAGGAUAAAAUGAGGCCGCACGGAGGAAGCGCCAGGGACCUCAGUGCCGCACGGAUUCUGCUCGCUGGAGGUGUGGCGGGCAUGUGCAACUGGGCGGUAGCCAUUCCUAUGGAUGUGCUCAAGUCACGUUUCCAGACAGCUCCCCAUAGCCGGUACAGGGGUCUUCUGGACGUCUUCAGGGAAGUCAUGCGAGAUGAGGGUCCCCGAGGUCUGUAUAAGGGGUUCACUGCAGCCAUGUUACGAAGCCUUCCCGGCCAAUGCGGCGUGCUUUCUUGGAUUUGAGGCAUCUAUGAAGUUCCUACACUGGCUGAUCCCAGACGUGUGACACCCUAGAACUGUGUAGCACCCCAUGAAAAUACAAUACACCUGAAGAAACCAGAUCUCUAUGAAUGUGCAGCACCCC